AUGGCGCUGCCCAAAGACGUCUAUGCGACAUCCGCGUGGUUUCUGUCGCGAACCAGAUCACCAAAGCAGGUGAGCAAUAGCAACACCAACAACAGUCGGACGUUCUCCCGUGCCCUCUGUGCCGGACUUAUCACGCCCGAGAGCGUACGGAAACACUCGGCAACAAGACAGCAUCCCUACAAUCUAGAAGACGCACCAAGUGCCGACAGAGGCAUGUUAGCCAACAUGCUUCUGCGGCGGCAACGCAGCAGCAACACUAACAAUGACACCAACACCAACACCAACAACAACUCUGGUGGAGGGAUUAAAAGAACCCUGAGCAGAUUAUCGGGCAAGGCGCAGCAAGCGACGAUGGGACUGAGUGAGAAUUACUCUGCCGAGAGCAGAACAUACACCGCUCAAUUUGGAUCACUGAGCUGCACCAACAGCAACGUGUCGUUCCUAGGCAGCAGCCGCAGAAGAAACCACUCGGAGUUCAAUCGGAGCACGACCAGUGGAAGUACAUUUGUCGGGAGCACGUUAGCAGGUAGCACAUUGCACAGGAGCUCGUUGAUGAGCAGUACGUCGACGACGUGUGUGAGAAGCGACAGUAUUGGAUCCGGGUACCUGUCCUUGGACAGCCUGGAGGUCGAGUAUAUGCGGAGCAGCCUCGGCACCAUGACCAGCAUAACCAGCGCCCAUAGGGGUCUUCAAGCGGCUGUGGAUUUGCAAGAGUAUCCGCAGGGCGCAGACUCGCAAUUCGCCCAGGCGGUGGGCAGCAAGCGAGGGGCGUCCUUUAUGUCGCAAUACAUCCGGUCAAGCAAACGGCCAACCCACCAGCAGCAGUCGCCGGCAGGUAGAUUUGCCCUACAGCAUCAUGCGCAGUACGCCGGUGUAUUGGAGAUCAUUGAUUGCGAGGACAUGACCGUGGCGUACCGCAAGGUCACCCGCGAAGGAUCAACGCCCUGGACGGAGACAUUCCACGAGGUGUUGCACCAGCCAUUGCCGAGCAACUUUGCUGCGGGGAUGCCCGUCGGGGAGUACGUCCAGGGUGCGGCAACUAUGCAGCAGGCGCUGUGCAUGGCGGGUAUUGACCAGGGAUCGAUGAUCCGCAACUCGCCGUCAUUUGCCGCAUCGGCUAUGUCUGGAAGCACCUGUGUCGUUGUACGGGUCCAUGGCAACGGCCAGAACCGGGCGAUCAGCGAUCAGCUCUCAGCAUCAGCAUCAGCAUCAGCAUCAGCAGCUGCAGCUGCAGCUGCACGAGUUUCUGGGUGGUUCCCGCAUGCGUUCACAUUGUGUCAGCUGUGGGAAAUUUCAUCGCCGAACCCGGCAAUAUUCCCGAUGCACUGCCGCGACACGCGCGGGAUAAUCGACCCGGUUCCAUUAACCUCCAUGGUGCUGGAUCGGCACCAAUACUGCUUCCGGUUCCACCUCUGCGGAAACAAGAUGCGCUGGCUGGUGACCAGCAAAGGGGCAAGCCAGCGCAUUGAAAUGCAGUGUUUUUUACGCAGCACUGUGGUUGCCACUUUGUUCGGCGGCCACACUAUGCGGACCAGGUCGACCCAGGAGUCGCAUUACGCUACGAGGAGCUCGCAGAGGGAUAAGUCUUGGUUUGUGGCGACGCCGCCGGUGCUACAAGACAGUGUUAAGGCGCAAGGCAGCGGUGAGCUGCCUUGCAUUGAUGUGCUGCCGGUGGCGUUUAGCAAAAUGCCUGAUAUUGAUGCGGCGGUCGUCGAGUCGUUUGUUCUGUUUACCGGAAUCGAAGUGUUUGAGCGCUUUUUCCGCAUGUUCGCACGCGCAAUAGUAUACACAUUCCUGCCAAACGCCGGCAACAGCAUAACACCCAUCACGCUGGCCAAACCCAUUGCCAAAGAACAACAAAAGCAGCACCAGCAGCAGCUGCUGCUACCAGCAAUUCAAGCAGCAACCACCAGCAUGGUUGAGCUUUCAAAGUCCGUCGUCUCAACAACCCUGAACAUUGCAGUGAUGUCUGCCGCCAUAACCUACGUUCUACUCAGCAGCAUCGGCAGCGACAGCUCGGCUUCUGAGCCAUGUGAUGAUGAAAUUCGCAGACAAAAUCCAGCACUGAUACAUGACCAGCAGCUGCAGCAGCAAGGAGAGACACGUGCUGUGCGGAAAUACCUUUUAAGCGUUGGUGAGCUGGAUGGCGUGUCGCGGCUGGUCGGUGGUUCGGCGGAGAGCCGGUGUACGGCGAUGGAUCAGUGUGCCAUAUGCCUGGAUGACGAGGGGGGGAGGCCAAUGAGGUUCUGGUUCCUGCUGGAUACACGAUCGGUUGUGCGUCUUGCUGUUUCGCAUUUCCCCAUUCCGUCGUUGGAUAUGUUGCGCGCUAACCAGAUCAUGGAUGUGUUCGAGAAGUUGGGAGCUAGUGAUCCGGGGAUGGAUUCUCCGCAGCGGCAGCAGAUUAUGGCGGAAAAGGACACGCCAGUUGUCGUACCCGCUACUAGGCCGGCUGGGUCGGAUCGGUAUUUUGGAGAUGCGCCGAGUAAGCGGCAAAAGGUUGGUGGUUAUGCGAUAGUUGAAAGGGAGAAGUCAGAGGAGAGGAGCAUAAGGGUCAAAGAGAAGACACCACAGAAGCUGCCGGAUUCAGCCCUUGCUGUUCAGCUGGUAGCCGUGGCGGCGUCGGUAGCUUCGGUAGCGUUGCCAGGGCCUGCUUCGAAACUUCAUCCGCAGCAGACACUUGCACAGCAAAAGCCAACAGCAGCAGCAGCAGCACCUGCACCUGUUACUGUGGUCUCUGGAAAGAAGCAGCCCAAUGUAGUGUCUGUCGCGCAAUCGGCAACGCAGCCUUUGAUCCACGCUCCGAAAUCUGUUCAGCCGCAGCAGACAUUAACCAAACUGGCUGCGCCGAUUCCAAAGGUCGCGCGAAAACAGCUUGCGGUGCCUGUGGCCAAAAAUACUUUUCAGAGGCCGGCGGUGGCGGCGGCGGCGACUGAACCUACAACAGAAUCGGCCAUAUGUGUCAAAUUGGAGCCAGCGGGUGUUGUGUUGAAAUCCGCCGAGAAACACAACAGCAACGGCAACAGCAACCCAAGGCCAUGGCUCCAGUGCCUCAACCCCCAGCAACCAAUCUCUGGUUUGGCCGCCAGCACCAAAACCAAAACCAGUUACAACAGCAGUGCCAUUGCCGGCGCCGGCGCCAGCACUUGCAGUCACAACCAAAAGCUUUUCUGCACCCAGUGGUCGCUGCCACCGCCUUCUUUGGAGGUCCAGCAGCAGAAUAGAGCACCGGCGCCAUCGCAGAUUAAUGCGCUGCCAGGUUUAGGGCCGCUUGCCGUCAGUCCUUCUUCGGAGGUGCUGAGCACACGGCCCGUGUCCCACACAAGGCCAUCGCCGGUGUCGCAUAGCCCAAAGUCGCAAGCUGCUUUUCAGGAGCAGGUGCAGAGACUCCAGCUGCCGUCAAAGUCGACGUCGACGUCGACGUCGAGUGCUUUGACGCCGCCAGUGCAACAGCCCCGGCCAGAAUUGCAGGGCUCGGUGCUGAUGAGCCCCCCAGUGCAACAAACGUCAGAGCCCGUCGUGCGGCAGCAGCUGCAAAACUGGCUGACCGAAUACAUGGACUUGACUCCCGAACCGGUGGCUGUGCCCGCAGCGGCACCCACUGCGGCUCUGAUACCAAACCCGAGCCACAGCACAGACCCACUGGUGGGGCAUCUUUUGCCUUUGACUCAGCAGGGAAUACAGGACCUUUCGAUAUCGCAACACCGCCCGCAAAUGCAACCUGCGCCACCAGUGGCAGCAGCACCACGGCCUCCGAGCCCUAUGCACACUGAUGCUGCUCUGAUGACCAGCGAGCCCAUACUCACGCCGGCGAGCGCGCACGAUAUGCUUGAGCAAAUCAAGACGAUGGCGGAUAUCAUGCUGCGUUUGAGCAGCGCCGGCACUGCUGGCGCCGCUGGCAACGCCAUGGGUAACCUGGAUGUCACCGCAUUCAACCAAAAGGCUAGAAGGGCGGCCACGCUUGCAACGGCUCUGUUUGGCCCUGUCGCCAGCGGUGGCAGCAGCAGCCCGGCACAGGCGCAGUCACGGAUUCGACUACUGUGA